UCGCGUCCACCCCCGCGUGGUAAGGACAGCACUGUAGCUCGGGUCGAAGCCUUCGCUCCGCAGCUGUCUGGGUUGCUCCUCACCAUCCCCGCCCUGCGCACAGACACAGAUCCAGCAUGCCUUCAGAGACACCCGAGGCAGAGGGCGGCCCUACAGCAUGCUCCCGCCUCUCAGGGGGGCACACAGGGGACAAGGAGCGCCUAUGGAUCCGGCCUGACACCCCGAGCAGGUGCACCUGGCACCUGGGCAGGCCCGUCACUGACUCCCCGCAUCACCACACCAACCUGCCAGAAUCUCCAAAAAUUCUGCCAGAUAUUCUGAGCAACAUUGGGAACACCCCAAUGGUCAGAAUCAAUAAGAUCGGGAAGAAGGCAGGCCUCAAGUGUGAGCUCUUGGCCAAGUGUGAGUUUUACAGUGCGGGUGGGAGUGUGAAGGAUCGCAUCAGCCUGAGGAUGGUCGAGGAUGCUGAGCGAGAUGGGACCCUGAAACCCGGUGACACCAUCAUCGAGCCCACGUCUGGGAACACAGGGAUCGGACUGGCGCUGGCAGCAGCUGUGAAGGGCUACCGCUGCAUCAUUGUGAUGCCAGAGAAGAUGAGCAUGGAGAAGGUGCAUAUGCUGCGGGCCUUGGGGGCUGAGAUCGUGCGGACCCCCACCAAUGCCAGGUUCGACUCUCCUGAGUCGCAUGUGGGGGUGGCAUGGCGGCUGAAGAAUGAAAUCCCUAAUUCGCACAUACUAGAUCAGUACCGCAACGCCAGCAACCCCCUGACUCACUACGACACCACGGCUGAAGAGAUCCUGCAGCAGUGUGAUGGGAAGCUGGACAUGCUGGUGGCUUCAGUGGGCACGGGUGGCACCAUCACGGGCAUUGCCCGGAAGCUGAAGGAGAAGUGUCCCAGCUGCAGAAUCAUUGGAGUGGAUCCUGAGGGGUCCAUCCUCGCUGAGCCUGAGGAGCUGAACCAGACAGAGCGGACGGCCUAUGAGGUGGAAGGCAUUGGCUACGACUUUAUCCCCACUGUGCUAGAUCGGACGGUGGUGGACAAGUGGUUCAAAAGCAACGACGAGGAGUCCUUCGCCUUUGCCCGCAUGCUGAUCGCGCAAGAGGGGCUGCUAUGCGGCGGAAGUUCCGGAAGUGUCAUGGCCAUAGCCGUGAAGGCUGCCCAGGAGCUUCAGGAGGGUCAGCGCUGUGUGGUCAUCUUGCCUGACUCCGUGCGGAAUUACAUGUCCAAGUUCUUGAGUGACAAAUGGAUGCUGCAGAAGGGCUUCAUGAAGGAAGAGGCACUCUCCGUGAAGAGGCCCUGGUGGUGGCACUUCCGGGUCCAGGAGCUGAGCCUGUCUGCCCCGCUGACCGUGCUGCCCACAGUCACAUGUGAGCACACCAUCGCAAUCCUCCGUGAGAAGGGCUUUGACCAGGCGCCUGUGGUUGAUGAAUCCGGGGUCAUCUUGGGGAUGGUGACCCUUGGCAACAUGCUGUCGUCUCUGCUUGCUGGGAAGGUGCGGCCAGCAGACCAGGUCUGCAGAGUCCUCUACAGGCAGUUCAAGCCGGUGCACCUGACAGACACUCUGGGCACACUGUCGCAUGUCCUGGAGAUAGACCACUUUGCCCUGGUAGUCCACAAGCAGAUCCAAUCACGGGACCAGGCCCGGGCAGGCGUGGUGGGGGGGCCUGCAGACCACAGCAAUGGUGAGUCCAACGCACGGCAGAUGGUGUUCGGGGUUGUCACAGCCAUUGACCUGCUCAACUUCGUGGCGGCUCGUGAGCGGGACCGGAAGUAAAGCCUGCGAUGCUGAGCUCCACUGGGCUGCCCUUGACAUGCGGCUGUCACCUAGGGUGGGCUGGGUGGGCCAGCAGGUUCAGUCCUCUUAACACUUGGCUUCCAAAUAAGAUCUGCUUGUAUCAGCUUCAAGGGGCUUUUCUUUAAGGUUACUUCCUUUAAGAUGUUUCACCAAGGGGAUAUUUAGAGAGGCGUUGGAGUUGGAGACAGCGGCCCAUACCUAUAAUCUCAGCUACUGAGGAGGCUGAGUCAGGAGGAUUGCAAGUUCCAGGUCAGCCUGGACCAUAUACUGAGACGUUAUUUCAAAAUAAAAAAAAAAAAAAAAAAGAAGGCUGGGGUGUAUCUCAGUGGUACAACUUCUGGAUGUGCUCCCCAGUAACCCCUCAACCCCUGUGAGAAGAAGCUGGCCAGGUGGGGUAAACACACGCACAGUGACCUGAAUAGACAGAAGGAACCUCCACCUGAGAACAGAAUGGGGGAUGACUGAAAGGGACUCAGCAAGUGGAGACCAGCUUGGCCCCUCUCCUGAUGGCCUGUGCUGUCCCUUGGAGCUGAGUUGGUAAAACAGCUUCACAUUUGAAUUGUAACCCAGGCAAAAUCCACAUAACCUAAAACUUAGAAUAGCACUGUAAACAGUGCAUUAGUUUUUCGUACACACAGAUACCACAGUCACACUUCAGUCAAGUUCCAAGAUGUCACCCGUAUGAGCAGUUUUUCCUGGGGUCCUCAGCUUUGUUCUGCUCUGGCCUUCAACUGAUGAGACAAGGCCCACUGCAGAAGCCCCUUACCCCUGCUAACUUCACUCCCCAAGCUAAUUUCUACCCCUAGGUUUACUUGUUCUGGGCAUUUCCUAUAAACAGAGUCACACAACCCAUGGCUUGUCUGACUGUUUCCCUUCACAGGAUGUGUUUGGGGUUCUUGCCUCAUUACCUCAUUCCUCUUUGUGGGAAUAGUCUGUGGUAUGGACAUAUACAAGUUUUGUCCCCCCCCCCCAUCUCAUCACCAAAGAAGGUACAGGUUGUCCCCACCUUUUAACUGUUGUAAACAUUCUGUGUUUGUCUGAACAUGUGUUUUGUUUUCCUCAUCUCAGUACCAGGAGUGGGGUUCUGGGUUGU